AGCCCCGGCCACUGAACCACACACUCCGAGAAUUCCUAAAACCAAACGAUAUUUGUCGACAUAGGCAGCAUUUGCGUCUGCGCGAAAAAUGGAGGAACACUUGUUGAAUGAGUUUGAAGAAUUCGGCGUAACCCCUAGUAAAAAAGUGUUGGAAAAAUGUAUAGAACUGCUGAAAAAGUAUGAUAUCACUCCUGACACCCUAGUAAAUCAUUGGAUUGGGUACACAGCCACUAAACUAAAUGAUGAAGCUCCAUCGUUGGAAAACAUGAUCUUGUUUGAAAAAGACCUUUCUAAAGAGUUAUCUGCCAAAACAAAAGUAAAGAGCGAACCUUUAAGUGAAUCCCCAAUAAUUCACAACAUUACUACCAUCAAUCAGAUAACAGAAGAUGAUGAACUUCUAGUAGGUUAUGGAACACCUGUAAGAAAGUCGUCGGUUGGAGCCAAGAGGACCAGCGGACUGGAAGGAACCCCUCAGAACAAGCGGCUGGCAGGAUUGGGUCAGACGUACUCAGUGCACACUCCUUCUGCGUUCUCGCCUUCUACGCCUGGUACAUCCAGCAAGUUUUCGUCACGUAACAACGCUGGUGAAAUUGUUGUUAAAUACCCCGCUGAUGACGCAGCGAUUAAUUGGGCCAGAUCCAACGAAACAUGGGAACCAGAUAUUCAACUUCAUGGCACUGCCGAAACGAAGUUAACCACAAAGUACAAUUACAUGUUCAGCCGCCUAAGAGACAAGUUCGAGGUUCUAGAAGAACAAAUUAACGAUUUGGGAGAUUUAAUGAAAAGGAAACUCGGAAUAGACGAUUUCGAGCCUAACCGUGUAUUGAAAUCGGAAACCUUCCAUACUAUCGGGCGCAUUUGUUGCGAUGCUACCAGUGGCUCUCGGUUAAAUACGUCUUCGUUAUUACUCGAAGGACCCAGAAAUACAUCUUCUGGGCAGAGCGUCCCGCUUGAUGUUUCUCAGCUCAGAGAGUUUUCAUUUUUUCCAGGGCAAGUGAUAGCUGUAGAGGGUAGCAAUCCAACUGGAAAAAAGAUGGUAGUUACCUCUAUUACUACCCCACCAAUCAAUCGAGUCUUCAAGACUGAUGUUUCUAUUGAAGGUAGCGGUUCUCUAAAUAUCAUGGUGGCAUGUGGGCCCUUUACGCUACCUGACGACUUGGAAUUUGCGCCACUUGUUGAAUUCAUCCAGCAGGUGAACGCUCUUCUUCCACAUUUAGUUAUCAUUAUGGGUCCCUUUGUUGACGUCAAAAACAAAAAAGUGGAGUGUGGCGAUCUUGAUUAUACCUACCAAGAACAAUUCGAUAUCGUCAUGCGAGAACUUCAGUCAAAAAUCACAAAUUCUGUACAGGUUUGCAUUAUUCCGUCGUGGCGAGAUGUGCAUUAUAGAGCAGUCUAUCCGACUCCACCGUUCCCGCAGGAGAACAAAUCACCAAAUUUCAACUUUUUCUCUGAUCCUUGUGUCUUAAACGUUAAUGGUGUUUUCAUCGCGUUGACGUCAACUGAUAUUCUGUUUCAUCUUAGCAAAGAAGAAAUUGCUGUUACACCUCACGGCUCAGAUCGUCUAGGACGGUUGGUGUCUCAUCUAUUUAGUCAACAGUCGUUUUAUCCAUUGAAUCCACCAUCAGAGGAAAUGAGCAUCGAUUUGGAACAGGCAGAAGAUCAUUGCAAACUUAGUUUCACGCCGCAUUUGUUAUUUGUCCCUUCAGAUCUACGUCAUUUUAUAAAGAACGUUAGCGGCUGCGUGGUUGUCAAUAUGGAACGAGCCGUGAAAGGUUUCUGUGGUGGAACGUAUUCCCGCCUCCAGAUCACUGGUGAAUCUUCAUCAGUCCAAAUUAAAGCUGAAAUUGUACGACUAUAAGUUGAUUUAUGCAAAGCACUUACACGUAUGUGUAGAUCCCACUGUUGCGUAUUUAAACCCACGCCAUAAAUUCAAACUCAUCUUAUGAA